GUCCUCUUCUCCCUUGUCUUCGCGCCGGUGGGCUGCAUUCUGCGUUUCCAGCUGUCGGUUCGCAUGAACCGUUUGAUCGCGGCAUUCCCACUAGGAACAUUCACGGCCAAUGUGCUCGGCACAGCGGUUUUGGGCAUCGCGUACGAUCUGCAGCACUCCUCGGCGGCUAGCAGUGUCGUCGGGUGUCAAGUGUUGCAGGGCAUUGAAGACGGAUUUUGUGGAGCCUUGACCACCGUCAGCACAUGGGUUCUCGAGCUGGACACGCUGCGCCUGAGGCAUGCGUAUGUGUAUGGCGGAUGCAGUAUACUCGUGGCGUUGGGCUGCAUUACAGUGAUUAUGGGACCGUUGAGAUGGACGGAGGGUUUCACGCCGCCGGUUUGCCGUACUUAG